GUACUUUCAGCACCCCCUUGUUGGCCACAAUAAUCCAGCCAUUUUCCCCAGAGAAAACCCUACCUCCCAUCUCUCGAAUUCUCUAGAACACCCAACUCCUCUUCAUUCUAUUCUUCCACAAUAUUUACGUGCUAAUCAAGACAUUUCAUAAUCCUCCAUAAAUUUUAAAGAAACAACUAAAAUUUCAAUUUUCCUUUCAUUCUAUUCUUCAAUCUUAUUUCGAACUCGUCACUUUCGUUGUUCAAGGUUUUGAAAUUAUGACUACACCUUUAAUAGCAGGGGUUGCUGUGGCUGCUGCAGCAUAUGCCGGUAGAUAUGGUAUCCUAGCUUGGCAAGCAUUCAAGGCUAGACCACCUACAUUGCGUAGAUUUUAUGAAGGUGGUUUCCAGGCUACUAUGACUAGAAGGGAAGCGGCUCUCAUACUGGGUGUUAGACCGCACACUCCAACAGAUAAGAUUAAAGAAGCACAUAGGAGAGUGAUGGUUGCAAACCAUCCAGAUGCUGGUGGCAGCCAUUAUCUUGCUUCCAAAAUCAAUGAAGCAAAAGACAUGUUGCUUGGAAAGACCAAGGGUAAUGGGUCAGCAUUUUGAAGCCGUAUAACCAUUCUGCCAAUUAUCCAAACAUUUCAGACAUAAGAAGUUGUGCUUGAUUUAAUGUCAGAUUAUAAAUUUUGUGGUCACCCUCCAAUUAUUUUAUUAGACCCAAUAAUAUAGCAAGAAAGAUGAAUGAAUGUACCUAUCUAUAUGUUUGUCUGUGAUUAUAAAACUAUUGUAACCUGACUUGCAUCAUAAUCAACAGGUGCUCUUAUUUUCCCCCUAGUUUAAUUUUAUGCCACUUUAGCAUACUUGUAUUUUGACAUUGAAUGUGGUCGGCAGUAAACUUGAGUUACUAAUAUUGCAAGUUA